UAAACAUAGUUCUCAAAAUCUUGACUAAGCUUUUGGCAAACCGGCUACAACCUUUUCUUCUAAAGAUGGUUCACCAAAACCAGUAUGGUUUUAUAAGAAACCGAACAAUCCAAGAUUGUUUAGCUUGGGCCUAUGAGUAUCUUGCACAAUGUCACAAGUCCAAAAAGGAAAUUGUGAUCCUAAAGCUAGACUUUGAGAAGGCAUUUGAUAAGAUUGAGCAUCAGACAAUCACUGCCAUGCUUAAUAGUCUUGGUUUUCCAGAAAAAUGGAUUGGAUGGGUGCAGACUGUCUUGAGAUCAGGAUCCUCCUCGAUUCUUUUAAAUGGAACGCCAGGGAAAACUUUUCACUGCAAAAGAGGGGUCAGACAGGGUGACCCCUAUCCCCCCUUCUGUUUGUUCUUGCAGCAGAGCUUCUCCAAUUUAUAGUCAAUAGGGCAGCAACUAUGGGGCUCCUGUCAAACCCCCUUCAUCCUACUUCUGCACAUGACUUCCCAGUUGUUCAGUACGCAGAUGACACCAUCUUGAUCAUGAAAGCCUCUCAGCAAGAGCUUUUUUGUCUAAAAGGAAUCCAGCAUUCUUUCUCGGAGUCAACAGGCCUCAAGGUAAAUCACAGCAAAUCUUGCCUCAUCCCCAUAAAUAUUCACCAAGAAAAGGCUGAGCAAUUGGCUGCGGUAUUUGGAUGUCAACUAGGAUCUAUGCCUUUCACCUACCUUGGCCUACCGAUGGGCACAACAAAACCGAAGGUUGAGGAUUAUGCACCACUGAUUUCCAAAGUGGAAAGAAGACUGUCUGCGACCUCCUAUUGGCUGUCUACCGCUGGCAAGCUAACCUUAGUUGAUGCAGUUCUAACGGCAAUGCCGACCUAUGCUAUGUGCACUUUAAAGCUUCCUGCUACAGUCAUCAAAGCCAUUGACAGAGCAAGAAAAGAUUGCCUGUGGAGAAAGAAUGACGGUUCUGGUAAACCCCUAAUUGCUUGGUCUAAAGUAACUACUCCCAAGAAAAAUGGAGGGCUAGGGGUCAAAAACCUAAGAAUCCAAAACCAAGCUUUGCUCAUCAAACAUCUGCAUAAAUUUUACAAUAAAAUGGAUGUCCCUUGGGUUCAGCUUGUUUGGACAGCUUACUAUGGUAAUGGUGCAGUGCCACAUGCAACCAGAUUGAAAGGGUCUUUUUGGUGGAAGGAUGUUAUGGAAUCUAUUGAUCAUUUCAGAGGGAUUGCAGCUCCUUGGACUGGAAAUGGGAGUACUUUCCUGCUCUGGCAGGAUAUCUGGAAUGGGCAAAUGCUUCAGUCUAAAUUCCCCCAUUUAUUCACUUAUGCUACUAACACCAAUAUCACUCUAGCCACUUAUCUGAAUAACCAGGACAUUCAAGCAAACUUCCAGCUCCCUCUAUCUCAAGUGGCAAUGGAAGAAUUUCACAGUUUCAAUGAUUACAUUCAUAGUCAGAUGCAAAAUUUACAAGGUAAUGAUGUCUGGACCUACAGCUGGGGCAAUGCGAUCUACUCUUCACAAAAAUUAUACAAGAAAGCUUUCACAUCAAUCACACCACCUGAUCCUUUCAGGUGGAUCUGGAGGACAAAACUCAGUAAAAAAUAAAAGUUUUCAUCUGGCUACUUCUCCGAGACAGAAUUAAUUCUAGAAACCUUCUAAAGAGAAAGCACUUCAUUGAUGAGAAUGAGGAGGCAAACUGUGUGAUGUGUCAUCCGGCACCAGAAGAAACAACUUAUCACCUCGUUUUCCAAUGCCCUUUCAGUGAACUUUGCUGGGACUUUCUGCAUAUUGGCUGGGACCACACUCUAGACUUCUUCCAAACCAUGAUCAAAGCACAACAGGAUUUUGGGCAACCUUUCUUCAUGGAGGUUUUCUCUAUUGCAGCCUGGGAAAUAUGGAAGCAAAGAAAUGGUUACAUCUUUAGAAACAAAAUUCCUAGUUUUCAAGCUUGGAAGACUUGCUUCAUCGAUACCAUUAAAUGGCAGUUGCUUAGGUGUAAAGAAUCAGAGCGUUCUGUAGUGCUAGCGUGGCUAGAUUCAAUUUAGUUUCCUUCCUUUUUUCAUUCAAUCCCCUCCCUCUUUCUCUCGGUUUGUACAGUUUCUAACCCUAACUUGUAUUCUUUCCUUUUUUAAUAUAUAUUUUUUUUUACCACAGUA